AUGAACAACCUCACUUUUCUCGACGAGGAGCUUGCCAACGGGUACGGUGCCAGCGAUGCGACUCUGAAGGCAGUCCUCCCUGGCGGCAGAGUUGUCCACAUCUCAGACAACAUCAGUCCAUUCAAGUUCCUGGAUACCUGUCCGCUCAUGUACCACGCCUUCGAGUACAACUCUCAAAGUCGGCUACAAGCAAGCAUCGAAGCUUCCUCCGAAACCGCCGUCAUAUCGCUUGCCAGAUACUGCUACACCGGCAGCUAUCUUGCAGGCGAGCUAGAUGGUGAAAGCAUCUUGCUCCUGGAACAUGCUGAGACGUAUAAGAUCGCCGAGGACUUUGAUGUACCAGAACUACAGAUUAUGGCGCAUGGCAACUUCUCUUGCCAGAUCGAGUACGCGUGUUGCUUGCCGAAGCCUCCAAAAGAUCUUCUCGACACAGUUCGGUUCAUCUAUAGACACUUCGCCAGUGAUGAAGCACGCCGAAAGCACAACCUCGUCGACACGUUGCUCAAUUACUGUGUAGCGGUCUAUCUUUACCACAAACUCGGGGAGAGUCUGGACUUCCUGACGGCUGUUCAUGAGAUCCCAUCUUUCCGUCAAGACCUUUGCCGAACGAACAUUGCACGAAAUUUUGAAGAUGACUAUUCAAGCAUCGCCGCCGACACCGCAAGUGAGGACGAGGGGUUUGCUAUGGUGCACCGGUCCCAGGCGGCUGCAGGUGCGACUCCACACAGUCCAAUGUCGAGCCCUGAGCUUGUACCUACGGCAUCGAUCGCUCAGACCAUGGUCGACGAGAAGGCUGCCAGUGAUGAUGAUUGGGACAUGCUAUAA